UCUCACCUAUCUUAAAUAUUGUCCUUUCAAAAGGUUGCAGAAGUAUAGCUAUGCACAUAGCAGCAAAAAUCCUUCAUCAAUCUCCAAUAUGGAUAUCUGUAUUUUCUUCCUUCUUCUUCUUCCGUCUUUGUUUCAAGCUCUUCCUUAUUCUUUAUCUGCAACAUCUGAUAAUCAUAUCCUUGAACAAGGCUCAUCUUUAUCAGUUGAGAAACAAAAUGAUGUUCUUGUUUCACCAAAUGGUGUUUUCUCAGCUGGGUUUUCCCCUGUGGGGGACAAUGCUUUCUGCUUCUCUAUAAGGUUUAUGAAAUCCUCUGUUCCUACCAUAGUUUGGAUGGCCAACAGAAACCAACCAGUAAAUGGAAAAGCCUCAAAGCUUUCGCUUUUGAGAAAUGGCAAUCUAAUAUUGCUUGAUGCCGGCCGAAUUCCCCUUUGGAGCACCGAAACAACUUCUCCAAUAUUUGUUUAUCUACAGCUCCACGAUAGUGGAAACCUUGUUCUUCAUAAUAUCAAAAACGAAAGUCUGUGGGAAAGCUUUGAUUCGCCUACUGAUACACUUCUUCCCGGCCAAAAAAUAACCAAGGAUGCUAGCCUUCUUUCAUCAAAAAGUCAGACCAAUUAUUCUUCGGGUUACUAUACCUUGUAUUUUGACAAUGACAAUGUCAUUCGCUUGCUUUUCCAAGGACCAGACCCAGAGAUUUCUAGUGUCUACUGGCCUGAACCAAAUGUACGGCCUUUUGAAGCUGGUAGAACAACAUACAACAACAGUAAAACUGCCAUGUUCAAUUCAACGGGUUACUUCCAGUCAUCUGACGAUCUGGUAUUCUCAGCAUCAGAUUGUGGUAUGGUCCUUCACAGACGAUUGACAGUUGACCCAGAUGGUAAUCUUCGAUUCUACAGCUUUGAUGAGAAGAAUAUGGAGUGGGUUGUUACAUGGCAAGCAUUUCCACAGCCAUGCAGGAUUCAUGGAAUCUGUGGACCCAACAGUUUAUGUAAAUAUGAUCAUGCUUUGGGUAGGAGAUGUUCGUGCUUGCCAGGAUUCAAGAUGAAAAGCAAUCUCGAUUGGUCAUAUGGAUGUGAACCGGUGGGUUUCAACUACAACUCCUUGGUCAACAAUAGUCAGGAGUCUGGUUUCGUUCAUCUAGCUAGUACCGAGUUCUACGGCUAUGACAAAGACUUCAUCCAAAAUACAACCUUGCAAAAAUGCAAAGAGAAAUGCUUGAGUUCUCAGUGCAAAGCUAUCCAAUUCAAAUAUAGCGCAGAUGAUGGUUAUUAUAAUUGUUACACCAAACCUCAACUACUUAAUGGGCAUCAACCUUAUUUCCAGGGAGAUAUAUAUGUAAGAAUGCCUAAAUCUGUCCUUUCUUCCAUUAAGAAAUCCAUGAAGGAACUAUGGCUAAAUUGCCCUCAAGACUCUAAUGCUUUGCUAUUAAACAGAACUUAUGAAAAAGAAGGUCAAAAUAGGUUGCUGAAGUUCGUGCUUUGGUUUGCAGUUUCACUAGGGGGAGUUGAGUUUAUUUGUAUCUCUUUAGUUUUUUGUUUCUUAUUUUGGAACAGUUCAGAAGAUUUGGAUAAAGAUACACAAGAAUACAUGCUAGCUGCAACCACCAGAUUUCAGAAAUUUUCAUAUGAUGAAUUGAAGAAGGCAACGAGAGGAUUCCAUGAAGAAAUUGGAAGAGGUGCAGGAGGCAUUGUAUACAAAGGCAUAUUACCAGAUGAUCGGGUUGCAGCAAUCAAGCGACUGAUCAAUGAUGGUCAUGGAGGAGAAGCUCAUGAAUUCCAUACCGAAGUGAGCACCAUUGGGAGGCUAAACCACAUGAACUUGAUAGAGAUGUGGGGUUACUGUGCAGAAGGGAAGCACAGGAUUCUAGUAUAUGAGUACAUGGAGAAUGGAUCCUUAGCAAGCAAGCUCUCAAAUUCUAAUGCACUUGAUUGGGAAAAAAGGUUUGGAAUAGCACUGGGAACAGCAAAAGGCUUAGCUUAUUUGCACGAGGAGUGCUUGGAGUGGGUUUUACAUUGCGAUGUAAAACCUCAGAACAUACUCUUAGACUCCAAUUAUCGUCCAAAAGUGGCAGAUUUUGGGCUGUCCAAGUUGCAAGACAGGGGAAUGCCCAACAAUUCAAGCUUCUCAAGUAUAAGAGGGACAAGAGGCUACAUGGCACCAGAGUGGGUUUACAAUCUCCCAAUUACUUCAAAAGUGGAUGUGUAUAGCUAUGGAAUCGUGGCUUUGGAAAUUGUAACGGGAAAGAAACCAGCAGGAAGCCAGUUUUCUGAGAGUGGAAUGAUGACAGAGAACCAUGGGAGAUUGGUGAAAUGGGUGAAGGAGAAAAUGAUUGGAGCUGAUACAAGUCAAACUGAUUGGACUGAAGAAGUAGCAGAUUCAACGAUGAGUGGGAAGUUUGACAAGGCUAAGUUGGAAGUAUUAGUGAAAGUGGCAUUGCAAUGUGUGGAAGAAGACAAGGAAGCUAGACCCACCAUGCGUCAGGUUGUAGAGAUGCUUCAGGGCUAUGAGGAGGAGAAAAUCUUUGAUACUCCAAAGGUACCGGAUGCUUCUUGUGAGUCUGAAUUACCGUACUUCGACAAUAUUGGAAAGUUUACGGAUGAGGAAAAUAAUUCUCGGACAUUCCUAAUGGGACAUUAGUGUUAAGAAACCCAUAGCUUUUGGUUUUGGCAAAUUUUCCUUCUUCAAAUGUGUUAUGUGUUGCUGCUUUACCACCCAGCUUUGGCAAAGUCAUUGAGAAGCCAAAAUUUAGGAUGUGUGUUAUUCUCUGCCUUCUGUAUCAUUGUCACUAUGUAUGCAUCUAGUGGUAAAACAAAUAAAUAAAUAAAUGUAUCAAGAUAUAGUUCAUCUCAAAUUUAAGAUUAAUAAGUCUAAUUGCAUCUUGUAUACUGGUUUGGA